AUGUCGGAUUAUUCAUCACAAACAGUAGCUCAAUUAAAAGAAAUAUUAAAAGAAAGAGGAUUAAGUACUGAGGGGAAAAAAGCAGAUUUAGUUUCAAGAUUAAUAGAGUCAGAUAAUUCAACAACAACAACAACCUCUGAACAACCAAAAGUAGAAGAAUCAAUCACCACAACAACUGAACAACCAGAACAAACAACAACAUCAAGUGAAAAUAAAGAAGAAGAGUCAACAUUAUCAGAAAAUCAAUCACAACGAAAUGAAGAAUCAGAAGAGAAACCAAAAGAAGAACCAAAAGUAUUAACAGCAGAAGAAAGAAAACAAUUAGCAAUUGAAUUAUUACAAAAAAAAAUCUCAAGAGCUGAAAAAUUUGGUGAUGAUUCAGGUGUAGAACAAGCUAAAAAGGAUUUAAAAAGAGUUGAAAAAUUUGGAGUUGAAUUAGGUACUUCAUUAGCAAGAGAAAUUGGAUUAGUUGAUAAUUCUUUAAAAGAUAGAAAAUUUAAUAAUAAUAAUCAUAGAGGUGGAUUUAAAGGUAGAUUUAAUAAGAAUCGUGGGUUCAAAAACAGAAGAUGA